UGGCUCACUGCAGGUAUUGCGGGUGAAAAAAUGUACUUCCGGUUUACAAGCCUAAACCGGAAAUAGACGUCCGUCGCGAUUUUGCUCGAAAAGAUUCUCCAUUCAUCGCUCCAAGCAACUUUUGAUCAACAGUGGUUGGCAGGAAGUUGGACACUGCUUCAAGAGCACAGUUCUCCAGCUGGAGGUCACACACCUUCCUACAAACCAUUUUCAUGUUUGAUAUGAAGAGGGUGAUGUCAGGAAGACCCAACGACCUGUCAGCCUGUUAUUUGGACAUGUUCAUGUUGGUGCGGACAUAACAGUCACCUUGUAGCAACACUCCCUUCAAUGACGACAUGUUGCACUUUGUCACCUGCGUAACGAUAUCAGUCAUGUUAUACAGCAGGUAGUGGACUUGGCUCUUUUCGACUGGGAGGUGGAUGAACUCAAGCAGUUUCUUUGAGUAAAAGUUUGAAGCUUCUGGAAGGAGCUGGUGUCUUCAGUGGAAAAAUGGCUUGCCAUGAAGCUCUCCAAUGUCCUUCCUGUUUGGAGGUCUUCAAAGACCCUGUCAUGCUGCCUUGCAGCCACAGCUUCUGUCGCUCCUGUGUGGAGCGAUGGUGGGAGGGGAAAAAGGACCGUUCUUGUCCACUCUGUAGGACGCAGUGCAGAUCCAUGGAUUUACCUCCGAACUUGGCCUUGAGGAACGUGUGUGAAGCUUUUGCAGCGUCUUCCGUGGACACUGAGGAAGAGUGCAAGUUGCACAAGGAGAAACUGAAACUGUUCUGUUUGAACCAUCAGCAGCCUGUGUGCCUCGUUUGCAAACAUGCAAAAAUCCACACAAAUCACAGAUUCUCUCCUAUCGAGGAAGCCGCAAAGGAACACAGAGAAGAUCUACAGAAAGUCCUGCGAGUCAUGACAAAAGGACUGAAAAUGUUUACCAAAGUUAAAGAAGACAUCAGUCAACAAGCAAAACACAUCCAGGUCCAGAAGCAGCAGGUUGAAAGCAAGAUUAAGGAGACUUUUAAGGAGCUUCACAACUUUCUGGAGGAGGAGGAAGAGGCUAGAUUGUCUCUUGUGAGAGAAGAAGAGCAAAGCAAGAGUCAGACAAUGAAAGAGAAGAUUGAGGGUCUCAGCAGCGACAUUAAAGCUCUCCAAGGCGUGAUUGACAGCACAGAGAAGCUGCUAACAGCUGGCAAUGUUUCCUUCUUGAAGAACUACAAGGAAAUGAGGGCCAGAGCCCAGAAGCUGCCCAAAGAGCCCAAGCUGGUCCCAGGACCUGUGCUGGACAUGGACAAACAUCUGAACAACCUCCCACUCACCAUGUGGGAAAAAAUGAAGACGUUGGUGUCCCAAAGUGACUUGCAUGUGUUAAAUGUAACUGCUGUGCACUCAGAAGCACACACCUGGAAUGUUGAUGUGGGCGACAACGACAACUGGGAACUGGGGUUAAUGUUUGAGUCUGUAAAAGCUGGCAUUCGAUUUCAAGACGGGAAAUACAAAAGGAUUUACCCGCAACGUGCAGACUUGCCUUUGUCAAUCAAAGAGAAACAGCAGAGAUUCAGAGUUCGUUUUGACAUUAGCAAGGGAAAGGUUUCAUUUUAUGACUUUUGUACAGACACUACUUUAGACACAUUUGAUAUACCCAUUUCUUUUAGUUUUUGGAAGUAUUUCUCCAGGACAAUAACACUCUACUCUUACAUUUCCAACAAUGUCAAUAUCUGCGACUGAAGAUUGUCCGUGAUGGAUUUGGAGACAUGUUGCUCCUACAGAAAUAUUUUACAUGGAGCUACACUAUGUUCAAAAUUCUUGUGUUCAGACAAAUCAUGUUGUGUAAGAAAGGUGUCUUGCCUGCUGACAGUUUAGGCCGACACUUCAGCCUUUUUUUGUUAUUGUCAUUGUAAGUGGGCCAAAACACUUAUAUUAGAAAAUAAUCUAUUGGAUUAUAAUGACUAUAAUGAUUAUAAUAAUAAAACAUUUAACUUGUUAUUUAGUCAGGUUUGGGACUGGUGUGCUGCUGGUGUGGCCACAGUGCAUGUGCACGUCUGACGUCGCUCACAUGUGCUCCACUGAAUGCUCAAGGAGUAUUUGUGUUUGCUCAGCCAUAUGGAAAAUUAGAGGGAACGUUGUUUGGGGGUAUCCAUAAUACGUCGAUAGAGAGGUUUUUAUUUACACGAUGAGUCGGGUGUAU